CGAUUUCCGGUGAUACCGAGAUGGCGGAUAUGGCUGUGAACGCGUAACUAUCGCAGAGGACGUGUCAACACGCUACAGGAGUGGAAAAGAUCCCCUGCAAUCAUAUCUGGUCUCCCUCCUCUGCCUGCUAGGAACUCUCCAUCAUGUCUGCUGCUGUAGACCUCAAAGAUGUCUCGUCUCCAGCCGUGGUGCCGGUUCGUGGCCUUGGCGAUGGGAUGGAGAUGGACGAGCCACCUGUUGCCCAGGAGAUCACCCCGGACCCGCCGGUGAAGGUGUCCACACCCCGGCACAGUCCCUGGGCCUCGCCCCCAGGGGUGCUCCACCUGGGCAAGGUGAGCAGGGAGGCCUGUGCGGAGGUGGAGGCGGUGCGCAUAGUGGUGCCCCGAUCUGCCAUCUCGCACCACGUCCCCAGUAAGAGUGCCCGCUCGGGGGCUGGUGAGGGAAAGGGCGAGGCCCAGCCGCAGCUCGAGGACCCCCCAGCGGACCCCCGCAGGGAGAUCCAGGACUGGCGGAGCGCUCUGGACAAGCUGCAGAACUCAGAGCGCAGACUGCUGCAGGACAAGGAAGGGCUCUCCAAUCAGCUGCGUGUCCAGACUGAGGUGAACCGGGAGCUAAAAAAGUUGCUGGUGGCCUCUGUGGGGGAUGACCUGCAGUAUCACUUUGAGCGUCUGGCCCGGGAGAAGAACCAGCUGAUCCUGGAGAACGAGGCAUUGGGCCUCAACUUGGCCCACACUACAGAGCAGCUGGAGCGCAUGAGCAUUCAGUGUGAUGUCUGGAGGAGCAAGUUCCUCGCCAGCAGAGUGAUGGCAGAGGAGCUGACCAAUGCGAGGGCAGCUCUUCAGCGCCAGACCAGAGAGGCCCAGAGCGCCAUCCAGGACCUGCUGAGAGAGCGAGAGGAAUUCUCCAGGGACAUGCUGCAAACACACAGGUCUUUGGAGCAGCUGCUGGUCUCUCUGCAGUGGGGCAGACAGCAGAGCUACUACCCAAGCGCCCAACCCUUGAGCACAGGAGAGCUGGCUGCAGCCAACCGUAAGCUGGCUGAUGCCGUGAACUCACACCUGCUGGGAAAUCUAGGCAGCAGCAGUCUGAAGAGUGAUCAGGCCUCCGAGCUCUGCAACACCCCAGCUGAGAAGAUGGCAGAGAAGGUGCUGAGGAUUCUGGACCCCAUUUCUGGCUCAGACAGCAAUUUUGCAAGCCCCCUUUCAGACUCCUCUCCCUCUGCCUUUCUGCCCAGUAAGAAAAGCAUUGGGCGAUUCCACCCCUACACCCGUUACGAAAACAUAACCUUCAACUGCUGUGAGCGCUGUAGUGGUGAGCUCAUUGUGCUGUAGGUGAGGCCCUAGGCUAAAGGUCAUAUAUCCUCCUACUGGUGCUGUGCUGUUAGGUGACUAGCGAGUGUCCCGUUACGGUCGCCUGCUGCCCCCCUUCUUCACCAGCCUCCUUCAAAUGACAGCUCGUAAGGGUAAGCACAAUAAGGUUUAAGGUUAAAGACAUUUUCUGUAAAUAGCAAGGCUUUUACUCUGGAGAAGAGUGAAAUUGCACUGUGAGUAUGUAAAAGUUUAAUCUUACUGAAUUUACUACAGAUGACCUCUGUGUCUCCUGAAUGAUGAUUGACCCUGGAUGUGUAAGAUCUAUGUACAUGUGUUACACUUGACUACUAGCGAUCUGGGCUGCUGUGGUUGUGACAGAUGUUAUCAUGCUUUCCUGGCAGUGCUUCAUGGGAACACCCUCAUUGAGAAGGUACUACGUAUUGGAGCUCUUGAUAAUAUCUGGAGUUUUGUAAAAUGGCAAAAGUGCAAUUUCACAAAUAAUAUACUGUAUAUAAAGACACAGUAUUUUUCCACAAGGAUGGAUACAAUUUCAAAAGGUGUAAUUCAGUGUUUUACAGGAUAUUUAUUUAUCAGCUUGAUUUUGUAUUACUGGAGUAUUAUUGACAGGAGAUGCAUUUCAUUUGUGUGUGAACUCCUGGUGCUGCAGAGCAAUCCCUGCUUGUACUUGACACACCUUUCAUGACAUUGAGUACAGGUUAAAUUUUCAGUGGGGUGCAUCUGUGCUGGGGUUCUCACUGUUUUGUUCAGGCCGGUGAUGUGAGCUAUACUGGGCUCAGAUGUAUUCUAGAUUGUAUACAAUACAAUAUAGGUGGACAGUUUGUGUGUAACAUUAAGCUGCUGUGGAAUCAUGUAUAGAAAACAGAGCUUGUUGUUGUGUACAACUUUGUGAAUCAUUUGAUAA